GCCCUCUCUCACUUGCCAGAGAAAGAGGCACCAACUCGAGACUUGGAAGGGUUCUCAGAAGGCAGCGCAGGGUGGGUGGCUCCCUCAUUUCCGGAUGCAUCAUCCUCAUGAUUGCAAAGAUUAAUGUACUGAUAUGUAGUUGUUCACCUUCUUAGAUUCAUAAACCGUGUCAAGGAAGGAAUGGAGAGAGACGAGGACAGAAGGAAGAUCCUGGAAAGCUUGAUCCCACUGAUUUCAUUCAUCUUUCUCCUGCUUCCUCCCUUCAACCAGGCUGCAUUCGACUAUGGGGACGCCCUCUCAAAGAGUUUGCUUUACCUCGAGGCGCAGCGAUCCGGCCACCUUCCUCAUGGCCAGCGCGUCACCUGGCGGGGACACUCCGGCCUCACCGAUGGGCUCGAACAAGGGGUUGAUCUGGUCGGAGGGUACUACGACGCUGGAGAUCACGUAAAGUUCAGCCUACCCAUGGCUUUUACCGUGACUAUGUUGUCAUGGAGCGUUGUCGAAUACGGGCAUGCGAUCGCGUCGGCCGGGGAGCUCGAGCACGCACUGGAGGCGAUAAAGUGGGGGACUGAUUACUUCAUCAAAGCCCACACUCACCACGAUGUUCUGUGGGCUGAGGUUGGAGACGGUGACACCGAUCACUACUGUUGGCAGAGGCCGGAGGACAUGACGACAUCGAGGAAAGCGUAUAAGAUCGACCCGGAUCGACCGGGUUCGGAGGUAGCAGGAGAGACAGCAGCAGCAAUGGCAGCCGCGUCUCUUGUGUUCAGGGAGACCAACCCGCACUACUCUCACCUCCUCCUGCAUCACGCUCAACAGUUGUUUGCGUUCGGGGACAAGUACAGAGGCAAAUACGAUACCAGCAUCCCGGCGGUGAAGAACUACUACCCGUCGUUGAGCGGCUACGGCGACGAGCUGCUGUGGGCGGCUCUGUGGCUUCACCGUGCGACGGGGAGGGAGGAUUACUUGCGGUACGCGAUCGAUAACGCUCAUGAGUUGGGUGGGACGGGAUGGGACGUCUCAGAGUUCAGCUGGGACAUCAAAUAUGCCGGCGUCCAAAUUCUCGCUUCCAAGCUGUUGAUGGAAGGGGGAAGACAUCAACUACAAGACGAGCAAAUCAGCAUAUUAGAGCAGUACAGAUCGAGAGGCCAACACUACGUGUGCUCCUGCCUCGGCCUGAACACCAACGGCAGCAACGUCCGCCGCACCCCCGGCGGCCUCCUCUUCGUCCGGCAGUGGAACAACAUGCAGUACGUGGCCAGCGCCAGCUUCCUCCUCACCGUCUUCGCCGAUCACUUAGCCAUGUCCUCCGGCGAGCCGGAGCUCCACUGCCCCGGGGGAUCAUUGAGCCCCCAAGACAUGUUAUCCUUCGUGAAAGCUCAGGUGGACUACAUUCUGGGGUCCAACCCAUUGCGGUUUAGCUACCUGGUGGGGUUUGGGCCCAAGUAUCCCACCAGGGUGCACCACAGGGCGGCUUCCACCGUCUCCUACAAGGUGGACAGGUCCUUCAUCGGCUGUGCCCAGGGCUACGACAAGUGGUUCGGCCGGCGGAGGAAGAACCCGAACGUGCUCGUCGGCGCCCUCGUCGGCGGCCCGGACGCCAAGGACGAGUUCAGGGACGUGAGAGGGAAUUACAUGCAGACGGAGGCGUGCACGUACAACACGGCGCCUAUGGUCGGAGUAUUCGCAAGGUUUUAUCGGCCGAUACACAAGUAAUUUUGUUUCUAUGACUUGUUUUUGUCCUCGGUCGAACACCUUCGGGGUCAAGAUACAUUCUGUAAGAUACAAAAGAAAUGGGAAACAGUGGAUAAAAGAAAGAAAGCUACAAGUUCAAAUCGAACCACUUAAAGAUGUGGUCGUGUCGAAUGGUUUGAGUGAUG